UUGAAAGUAUGGGUAAGGGUAAGGGUAAGAGCAUUGUGGUGAGUGGUGGAGAUGGUGGCAAUGCCACUGAUCUUCCUGAUUGCAGCAGAGUUAGGGUUCUGCUUUGUGACACUAAUGCUGACAGUUGUCGCCAUGUUUUCCAGCUCCUAACCCAGUGUUCUUACCAGGUUGCGCUGGUCACCUCGAGAGCGCAAUUGUUUGAUACGCUGAGAUCUGAGGGUCCUUGUAUGGACAUCAUUCUUGCGGAAAUCGCGAUUCUUAUUGCGAAUGAAUCGAGUAUUAUGAGGUAUAUCAAGAGAGACGUUAGACUGAAACAUGUUCCCGUGAUUAUGAUGGUGACAAUUGAAGAGGUAUCCCUUAUCCGGAAGGGCUUGGGAUUUGGAGCAGCAGACUAUCUUGUUAAACCACUGAGCAUUCAUGAAAUCAAGGAUUUGGGGUUUCACAUCAAGAAAAACUAGUAUACUCAAAGCUUGUAUUGAUGAUUGAUCUUUCAUUUGACUUUGCAUUGUAUUCUGAACUAUGAUGUUUUCAUUUAGUAGAAAUGCUCAAGUUACUAGCUA